AUGGAACUCGGGUUCAGGGGCGCCAUGGGAGCGAAUGGACUUGCCGCACCCGGCACCUUGGUCUCACCUACGAUACCUCAGAGCGACAUUCGGAGCAACCCGGGGAAUAAUCGCCCCAUGACAGCUUCCGAUAUAUCAUCCAGUGGAAGUGUGGGAAACUGCCAAGCAGACAAGCUUCAGCCCGUUAUUCGCAAACGUCGAGGAGGGAGUAGAAGAGCUUGUAAUGAGUGUAAACAGCAAAAAUUGCGGUGUGAUAUUGUUCAAGUGCCCUCCGCAACAUGUUCGCGUUGCAGAAGAUUGGGCAUCGACUGCAAGGUCGAGCCUACCUUCAAGCGGAUAUCAAAAAGAAGACGGAACGCCGAAAUGGAGAGAGAAAUUGCAGAUCUUCGACAACGGCUAGAAAAUGGCGAACAUCGGCCGCAGCCGUCUUUUGACAUUAAUCCGACUGAAAGGAUAGAUCAACCUUCAGAGGUCAUAUUUCGUGGAACAGCUAGUCCUCCGACCAGGGUUCCACCACUGCAUGCAUCAGUCGAAACACAACAAGCUCUCCAGACGCCCUUGUCCUUACGGGCAACGGAACCACCAAUCCUCUUGGACGAUGAUAAUGCCUGGUCAUUGGAGGAUAUUACUAUAUCCAAAGCAACAGUGGCACGACUAUUUCAACAAUACUUCAAAUACUACCACCCUUUUCUCCCUCUGUUGGAUCCUAUGAAAGGAGCAGAUGAAUAUAUGCGCAGUUCGCUUCUUCUGGCAUGGACCAUCAUCUUUGUGGCUAGUCGUCGUGCUCCAUCGGAGCCUGGCCUCCUUGGUUCCCUUACUCAGCCGUUUAGCAGGCUGUUAUGGUCGACUAUAACGACUGUCCCGCAGAACUAUCAUGUCGUCAAGGCACUUUGCCUCCUCUGCACAUGGCCAUUGCCCACUACAAGUCAGAGGUCGGACCCUACCUUUAUGCUCAGCGGUCUGAUGAUGCAGGUGGCUAUGCAACUUGGUUUGCAUCGUCCCGUUCAAGCGGAAGAAUUCACCACUUUCAGAAUCGAGGUCCGAGGCGAAGAGCUGAAGGAUAGACUGCAGACCUGGAUAAUAUGCAACAUAGUUGCUCAGCACGUUGCAACUGGCUAUGGACAGCCACCUGGAACUAUCUACGACUGGGCUAUAGAACCGACCUCUCUGAAGGUGGCGGACUAUCGUAUUCCAGAAGAGAUACGCAUUCGGCUCCGAAUCGAGAAAUUCUGUGACAGAGUCACCAAAGGACUGUAUAGCAGCAAACCCGAUCCAGCUGACUUUGCAACAGCAGAGAAGCUGCUCAUAGUGCGCAUUUUGGAGGGAGAACUGAAAGAAAUGGAGUUGGAAUUUGGACAGGAUAUAUCACAGAUCAAUAUGAUCCACCUCCGCGCUGCGGACCUUCAUUUGCGAUACUUUGUGUUCCUUGGCACUAAUGCCAGGAUUGAAGACCUAACAAACCUGUUCGUCGCGACAACAUCAUUCCUUGGACGAGUCUUGGACCUAGAGACAUCUCCGGGAAACUUACUCAGUCAUGCCACCAAUUAUAUACUGCAGAUGGUGGUCUCGGCUGCAUUUGCCCUCAUGAAACUACUCAAGAGCUCCUUUUCUCGACAAAUCGACCUAGACCAAGGAAAGUUCCUCUUCAACGGCGCCAUUUCCGCUAUAAGACGCAUCAGCGUGAUGGACCAUGACCGACCAGUCCGCCUUGCGGAUGUCCUCUCUCAGAUGUGGAACGCGAGUGGCUCCGGGUCAUCAGCCUCGGGAGAUGACGCUCUACAGCUCAAAGUCCGCUGUAGGAUGAGCAUGAGUCACGUAUACGAUACCGUCUGGCGCUGGCGUCAAAGAUUCCGACCGGCCAAGCCAACAGACGAUACGCAAUCUUCUUCCGUAUCGAACCAGAACCCCGACCUAUCGGCCAGCGGACCUGUCACUCAACCGCAAGAUAACUCUCUGAACGAUCCCACUUUAUUCCUCUCGCCCUUCGAUCAUAACGGUGGCAUCAUCAGCGAGGCGAGUUUCUCCGACGUAUUCGAUUCGUUAAAUUGGGUUUUUGACGGCAUUCCUGAUUCCUUUGCUGCUCCGCCUGCUGUCUGAUUUGGAUGUUUCCUUGGCGUAAUCGUUGUGAUACCAGUUCGCACGUAAAAAUCAUUUAUGACAGAGUUUUGGAUGACAAAGUAGCCCAUCAUAAUCUCACUUAAGAAAUGCUAACACAUCGUAAUGUGAUCGAACGUCUUGGCUAGCUUAUAGUUCAUCAGGCAAUAAUUGGUGACGUGCUCCCAACUUUAGGUAGGUGGUAUACGAACAAUGGGACAUGUUCAUCAAAGAAGACCUGAAGAAUAAUAUACCUCGAUCGUAGCAUCUCGAGCGAUAUGAAACAUCUCGCGAGACGAGCUGACAGUGAUCCCCAGCGCCUUUCAAAGCAAAACACGAGAUAUCGUAAUUCAAGCUCCACGGUUGGUUCUGGGGUUAAAUA